UUGGCUGCCGACUCGGAAUUUAGAUUAAAUAAAACAGGAAUAUUAACAUACGUUACCGUAGCGCCGCAGUGCACCGCCAUGGGUCUAUACGAAUAUGUCACUCAGGAGCAACUCGCGGGUUUCGACAAAUACAAGUACAGCGCAGUGGACACAAACCCGUUGUCUGUCUAUGUCAUGCACCCUUUCUGGAACCUUGUGGUGAAGUUUCUCCCAACAUGGUUGGCCCCAAACCUCAUUACAUUCACAGGCUUUAUGUUCCUUGUGCUGAAUUUUCUUAUGUUGGCCUUCUACGACUUUGACUUCAAUGCCUCUGUUGUAGGACAUGAACACGUGCCUAGUUGGGUUUGGGUUGCUGCGGGGAUUUUCAACUUCUUGGCCUAUACACUGGAUGGUGUUGAUGGGAAGCAAGCACGUCGCACCAGUUCCUCCACGCCACUGGGGGAGCUCUUCGACCACGGCCUGGAUAGCUGGGCUUGCGUCCUCUUCGUAGCCACUGUCUACUCCAUAUUUGGCAGAGGGGAGAGUGGCGUGGGUGUGGUCACGCUUUAUUAUAUCCUGUGGGUGGUGCUGUUCUCCUUCAUCCUGUCCCACUGGGAGAAAUACAACACGGGGAUUCUGUUCCUGCCGUGGGGAUACGACAUCAGCCAAGUGACCGUCUCCAUCGUUUACUUGGUAACAGCUGUGGUCGGUGUGGAGACCUGGUACCAGCCGGUCGUGUGGCACUUCCUCUACAGAAACCUUUUCACUUUUAUGAUCCUGGCCUGUUCCUUCACUGUCACAUUACCCAUGAGCCUCUAUAACGUGCUGAAGGCGUAUCGCAGUAACACCCUGAAGCACAGCAGCCUGUACGAAGCCUUCCUCCCCUUUCUUUCUCCUGUCAUCCUCUUUGCCCUGUCCACCACGUGGGUGAUCUUCUCGCCAUCCAACAUCCUCGAGCAGCAGCCCAGAGUCUUCUACUUCAUGGUGGGGACGGCUUUCUCCAAUUUCUUCCUCCAUAAACGUAGUGCCCUUUUUUGGAGCCAUACCUAUCAGGCCCUGAAGGCGGGCCAACGACGCCGACAGCAGGGGCUCCAGCAGGAGCGGCAGCCGCAGAUGUGA